CUAGCAGGGGCGUGGACACCCAGCUAAGGCGGCUGAGAGUAUAAGGCCUAGGAUUGACCCUCUCUCCUCUAUUCCUCACUGUACUGUAGAGUCUGCAAACAGUUCUCUCUAGAAACUGUAGAGCAGGAGCAACUUGAACUGGAGAGCAACCGGCGCAGAGCUUCGUUGAGCAAUCAGAGGAUUAAGUAGAACAAUAUAUUCCUGUCACCUUGACACAGUUUUUCUCACACGUGUGACUUGCAUUGGAAUAAUUCUAAAAAGAAAUUGAAGCAGCACAAUGGCACAUGAGUCUUCUCUUAGCCCUCCAGUCCCAUCAGGGGAGCACAUACCUCCUCCACUCAUCAACCAUACUCUACCUCAAAGGUCUACACCGUAUUACAUUGCAGCUGCUCAGUUUGAGAAGCAGCCCCCAGACAACAUGAGGAAGAGCAACUUUUUUCAUUUCAUCAUCUCUCUCUUUGAUGGGCAGCAGCAUCGCAUUCAAGUCCAAAAGGCUGUCUUUAAGGACUUUUAUGAUACUGUUGGAACCGAUGAGCAAGAGUACAGGAAUGGAUUGAUAUACAAGCUCCUUGUGGUUUACAGUGAUGGUACCCAGAAAGAGGAAGAGUUGUGCGUCCGUUUGAUUGACUCAAACACAAAACAGCUGGUCCCAUACGAAGGUACUAACAAGAAUCCAGACUUUCGUAGGGUUCUCUUGACUCAUGAACUGAUAUGCAGUCGCUGCCUCGAGAGAAGAUCCUGUGGGAAUAAGAACGACACGCCAUCGGAUCCGAUCAUACUCGACAAUUUUCGGUUAAAGAUCUUUGCAAAAUGUAACCAGAACUGCUUGAAAAAUGCCGGCAACCCGAAAGACUCAAGAAGACGAUUUCAAGUUGCUCUGUAUGAAAUUGAUAAAGUCUCUGGCCAGCCCAUUGCUUGCUCUGACUCAAUGUUUGUUCACAAUAACUCAAAACACGGGAGGAGACCUAUUUAUAGAGACAAUGUUGUUGGAGAUGGGAAGCCUUGUAUAGUAAGCAUAUACCCAAAUGAAGGGUGGACAACUGGAGGCUCAAGGAUAACUGUCAUUGGAGUUAACUUCUUUGAAGGAUUGGACAUCGUAUUUGGCACAGUCCCUGUUCAGAGUGAGGUUCUAAGUCCCAAUGCUAUUGCUGUGAGGACUCCCCCAGCCACUAUGACUGGAGAAGUUGAUGUUACGUUAAUAUUCCGUGCCUCUGGGGCUCAGUUUUGUAUCAGCAAUCCUGGGAAAUUCUUAUACACAGCUCCUGAUGAUCAAAUAUUUGAGAACAGUUUCUGUAGAAUCGAGAGAGUGAUACGCCAACAAGACGACCCGGACCAACUACCAAAAGAUCUCGUCCUACAGAGGGCGGCAGAGCUCCUGGAGAGUUGCUUCCUAAGCUCAAGAGGAGCACAAUCAUCCACCGUCCCUUUUGGUCAGGCCCCGUUCGUGUACCCUCCCUCCCCGGCCCUCAUUGGGAGCAACGGAGUGUUCCUCUUCACACCACAGCCCCUGACCCCCAGACAAGGCUCCAAUGGUGGAAUGCUCCCAAUGAGUGAAGGACUAGGUGGUGGGUUUGGAUACGGGGGCGGGAUGCCGAACACUAACGGAGACGUCUAUCCUCGACACAGUUACAUGCCUCAGACUGCCUUCCCAUUUCCCGAAAUCACCCAACAUGGUGACCCAGGUGGUUCAAUGUCGACCGAAGUCAAAUCAGAGUCUCAGAUGUCUUCGCCGAGUCAACAAGGACUCCAUAAAUCAACGCUAGCGAAUGGUAUGGUAAUGCCUUUUAACCUUCCUUACGAGACGGCUCCUCCGUAUGGCAGUAACUCGCUACCACUUACUCACGGAGCAGGUCAAGUCAACACUAACAAUAAUAAUAGUACCAGUGUCACCGACUCCGCCCACAUUGGGCAAAUGGCCGGCUCAAAUUCGCUGGCGUACAUGUCAAGGUUGUUUCCGGGUGGAGUCCCUCCAUCUCCAGGUUUCUUAAUGACGCAUACUUUUUCUCCGAUACCAACCACACCCACUAGUAUGAGUGGUGGAGGAGGGUUGAACAAUCAGUUUUUUGCUUUUAAUUCUCCUCUCCUCUCUCCCACCAAGGGAAGGAUGGCCAAAACGGCUCGACCUAAUCCUCUCUCCCUUUCAAUGUCCAACGAGAUGCCUAACGGUAUAUCUUCACCUAAUUUGGGAUCAACCUUUACAUUCCCUCCAAUCACUCCAUCAGCUCUCAUUGCACCCAUCAACCUACCAGAUCUGACAGGAGGUGGUGGCGGCUCUGAAGUACAGGAUCCUCUCUCUGUUAAUUCUGGAGCUACCAGUGGUAGCAGCACGCUCCACUCGACCAGUCUACCUCAAACCCCUCCCCCUCCUUCCUCUCGUAAAAGAAAGCAUGAUGGUAGUCCUACAACUGAGCUUCGUUAGGAUCCAAUGCUCAACACUUGACAGUCACUCUUAUUAUUAUUAUUAUUAUUAUUAUUAUUAUUACAUUUCACUUCAUUAUCUUACAAUUAAGCUAAAUAAAACCAUUUCUACUUAUUAUUGGUAUCUGCUGUUAUUAUUAUUAUUAUUGUUAUUAUUUAUAGUCCAGAACUGUUUUAAAUCCUCCUCAUACUUUAUUUAUGUCACACAUGCAACUCAUCUCAGAUACAGAAAGAUAAAGCUUUAUAAUCUUCAGUUUAAAACUCAGUCUCUCUCUCUCCUCCUUCUCCUUCCGUACUAUUAUUAUUAUUACCAUUAUUACUAUUAUUAUUAUCAUUACGUGUAUUAUGUAUUAUGACUGUCUACUAAUACUAUGUCACUUCAACUUUGAAAAAGAACCCAUUGUCAAAACCAAAA